AUGGCCUCCUUCUUUCCUCGCUCAACCUUCCGAACCAUUAGCGCCUUCUCAAAGGCCGCUCCCUGGUGCAAGAGCCCCGUCUCCGCGCCCCUCGCGCAACCCCUCGUCCGUCGGUUCCUUAGCACCGCUCAAGAGCAGCCUCGCCUGCGUCUCGGAGCUACAGCCCCUAACUUCAAGGCCCUGACCACCCAAGGCGAGAUCGACUUCCACCAGUGGAUCGGCGACAGCUGGGCUAUCCUCUUCUCCCACCCCGCCGAUUUCACCCCCGUUUGCACCACUGAGCUCGGCGCGUUCGCAAAGCUGAAGGAUGAAUUUGAGAAGCGUGGCGUCAAGAUGAUUGGAUUGAGCGCCAACGACAUCGGCUCUCACGGCGAAUGGAUCAAAGACAUCAACGAGGUCACCGGCAGCAACGUCCAGUUCCCCAUUAUCGCCGACGCGGAUCGCAAGGUUGCCUGGCUAUAUGACAUGAUUGACGAGUCGGAGUUGGUCAACCUUGCCGAGAAGGGCAUUGCUUUCACCAUCCGCUCCGUCUUCAUCAUCGACCCCGCCAAGAAGAUCCGUCUCACCAUGAGCUACCCCGCCUCUACCGGCCGCAACUCUGCCGAGGUCCUCCGUGUCAUCGACUCCCUGCAGACUGCCGAUAAGAAGGGAAUUGCCACCCCGAUCAACUGGCAGGUGGGCGAGGACGUGAUUGUCCCGCCUUCCGUGUCUACCGAGGACGCCAAGAAGAAGUUUGGUGAGGUCCGCGAGCUGAAGCCUUACCUGCGCUACACCAAGUACUAG